CUGGAUUUUGGACGAAAUUCUCACUGCUGCUUCAAGUGCGAGAAAAUCUUGAAAGCCCCGAUCUGCAGUUUUCGAAGAUUGGAAAGUAGCGAAGAAUUUGAGCUCUUCUAUUCAGCAAGAGCACUUUUCCGAGAACUUUCAAUCUUGUAUCCUUAUUAGUUGCUUAUUCCAAUUGGAUAAAGUACUUAUCGACAGAAGUACAGUAGAACCACAGUGUGCCAGGAUUUAUCGUUAAUUAUUCCUUUACAACUUACGAGUACCGUCACAGUAAUACUUCGGUGCUGGGAUUUAUGAUUUAUCCAACCCACGACACAGGAUUCAGGAAUGACCAUUUCUAUUGAAGAUGAACGGGCUUUUACGGCAUGGAUUUCAUUAAAGCUGGAAUCUCUGACGAAAUACGACCCUAAGCGACUGAGUGCCUAUCUUGUGGCAGUUAUCAAGAAAAACGGAAUUGACAAAGAUUUCCAGAGUUUAAAAUCCCUGUGCAAAAGAAAGCUGAAUGCCUUUUUCGAAGACAAAGCAAAACUUGAUGAUAUAUGUGAGGAAGUAGUCAGUGCCGCGGAAAACCAUAAGUAUGAAGAAGUCCGUAGUCAUCCUGCCUACGCGAAUACGGGUGAAGACGCUAAUUCUGUGAUGUUAAAUAGUGAAUUUUCGCAAACUGAAAAUAAACCUUAUCGAGCGGAUUCACCGGAUGCGAAGAGAGCAGAAAUUCUUGGAAAGUCGUCUGGAGAUGAGGAAGAAUUCGGAGACGACAGUCUGUCGCAAGAUAAAUCAUCGGUAAAACCUAAGACAAGAUCUGUUAGUCCAGCACGGAAUCCUGGAUCCGAAAGCGUUCUGGUAGAUGAUGGGAAACGGAAUAAGAGAACGGCUGUUGCUCCUUCGAGGAUUACCUGCAAAGAUUUCACUGAGCGAGGGUUUUGCAUGCGUGGUCAAUAUUGUCCAUUUGAUCAUGGCAGCGAUCCGGUGGUAUGGCAAAACGCCCGUCCAUUAGAAGUAAUUCGCUAUACAGGGCCCCAUAUACCAGCCCUGCCUCCACAACCCGUGCGUCUUCCAGCUUUCCCGCCCAUGCCUCUUCCCAUGAUUAGGCCUGUUCUUCCUCCGCGCUUUCGACCGGAUGCUGCAGUUCUGCCACCUCCCUAUAUCCGUCCACAGAAAGCAUCUAGUAUGCGUCCUCGUGAACUUGUAGGGUUGUCCGUGGGUGGUUCCUCAUCGUUCAAUUUCGGCGAAGGGUUCCGGGGGCCGGAUAUAACGAAACGCGAGUCCGAUAGCUUGAUGGAUUCUCCUUUGAAGCGUCUGGCUCUUAGCGAGCCAACGGAUAAUUGUACUCUUGAAAUUCGCCAUGUGCCCGACCAACUGAACAAUAUAUCGGCUUUAAAUGCUCAUUUUUCGAAAUACGGUAGCAUCGUAAACGUGCAGGUGCGUUACGGAAGCGAUCAUAAAGCAGCAUUAGUUACGUUUCAAACACCAGAAGCUGCUGCUCGUGCUUUUCGAAGCCCUGAACCGGUCCUUAAUAACCGUUUUAUUGCUAUCUCGUGGCAUACCGACCCUUCAAAGGACACCACCAAAGUUUCCCCCAUUAACAAAGUAGCGCCCGCUGCCACCGUGAAGGCAAUUGCUCCAGCUCCCGCGCCAAAAACUGAACCGGAUAAUCAGCGGACGGAUGUUCAUACCGCUCCGUCAGCAGAUGAAACCGUAGAAAGCGCAGUUACCCCCGGCUUCACGCGCGGUGUUCGCGUACGGUAUCCUGUCGGUAGUCGGCGAGCGCGGGCGGGACGUUUUCGAGGUGGUGCGACGCGUGGAAGAGCAGUUUCGGAGAGCAAUGUUUCACAGGCUAACUCGAUUGCUACCCACCAGAAGUUGAUUUAUUCCACUUUGGAGGUCACCAAAACUGAAACGGAAAUUGAUAAAAUCCAAGCGCAGAUCACAACGCUGGACGAAUUGAUUAGUAAAUUGAACGGAUCCAUCAGCUCGUACCACGGCAUCAGCGAACAGUAUCGCAGCCGAAUGGAAACGGAUCCCUCUGCAAAGAAAGAAGAAAUUGGCCCGUUACUGGAUAAAAUAGAGAAACAGAUUGCUCAGUGGCAGAUCGAGCUGAAGAAACACGAAGAGGAGAAGCUGCUAGCGGUUCGGAAACGGACUGUAAUGGAGCAGAAAUUGAAUCUCCAGCAAUCUCAGAAUGAAAUUCUGAAAGCCAAAUUGGAAGGGGAAUCGUCUGUUCGUGGUUCUGGGGAUACUCUGAAAGAUGUGGAUUCCGCCAGAUCGUACUCAGCUCGCGCCGGUCAUAAUCGGCCUGCUCCAUAUCGGUCGCCCAAGUCGCCUCGUCGAGCUACUGGUGGUAGCAGAUUUCGUCGUCCAGUACGCGGUGGACCGUUCAAUCGAGUGAUUGAUCGACGUCCAAAACGGGUGAAAAUUUCUGGAUUUCUGGAGAAUGAACGAGCCAAUAUCCUUCGACAUGUCCAGUCAUGCGGAGCAAAAGUCAUUUCAAACAGCACAAACCCCGAUGAACCGCCUUCCAUGGUGUUAGAUUUCAACAUUCGUUACGAAGGUGAUGCGUGCUUGCGCGAUUUGGCCGGUUUGGUCAGCGGAAGAAAAUUAGCUGUAAUGUGGCUAACGGAGGCGGCAAAGACUGAAGAAGAUAUGGAACAAGCAGAGGGCACUGCAGCACAUGAACAGACUCCUGUGGCGGAAUUAUCCGGCGAUACGAACGAUGUGGAUUUGGCGACGCAAUCAGAUUUCGACUACAGCCACGCAGAGGAAAACCGUUCUUUUGCAGAUGAUAGUCUAGAGGGUGUGACGGAACCGGAAGGGGAUCUAACGAAAGUUGUUGCAAACGAGACAACAUGAUACAUAUUUCUAACGCGUUGGUUGUGAUUGUUUUCAUAGCGAUCUCGGACUGUGAAAUGGGUUUCAUAAUCGUUGAUUUAAAACUUCAGUUUAAACUUUAAUAACUUUUGACUCUACGGAAUUGUUGUAUCGAACUGUCAGUUUACAAACCUGUUUGUCUGACCAGCCGCUGAAUUUGUACAAUUACACGUCCCAGCUCACUUUUAAUGCUUUGUGACCGGUGGAUUACUGAUGUUCUCGUAGUACGCAUCGUGACUUGUUGGUAAGCUUUGGAUGCCGCUUGCGAUUGUUUACAGCGUCUGUACGUGUACCUUUUAUCUGCACGUUUUUUUAACCGGAAUAAUUAAAUAAAUCGCUUCGGAUAUG